CAACUUGCUAUGCCUUUCAUCAAGAUGAAAUCCUUCUUCAAUCGUUUCCAAACCAAUUCCAUAAAAAAAUGCAGCUAAAUUUUACAAGUAAAAUACUAACAUUACGAUUCUAAUGAUAAUACCAUCUCACAUUCUCAUCACCGCCAUCAUCCACUUGUCUCUGUGUGCAGCAUUCUGCCGAGCACAAGGCGGCAAUAACAACACCUCAACCAAUACCUGCAGAAGUAAUGGCGAGUGUGGGGUAUUCGGCAACUGCGACCCGCAAUCUGCACCAGUUUGCAGUUGCUUGCCCGGAUUCAUCCCGCAGAAUGCUAGGGCUUGGGAGUCAGGGAACUGGAGCGGCGGAUGCGUGAGAAAGGUCGCUUUGAAUUGCGGCAACGCGACGAUUGGCGAUGGGUUUAAGAAGCUCGAUUCGAUUAAGAUUUCGAACUACACUUCCCGAUCGUCUGUUUCGGAAGACGAGUGUGCAGGUGUGUGUUUGGGGAAUUGUUCGUGUUUGGCGUAUGCACUUGAUUCGGGAUUUGGGUGUUUGAUGUGGAGCGUGCCCUUAAUCGACGUUCAGACGGGCUCCAGCUUGGGCUCUGAUAUUUACCUCCGCCUCUCUCUUUCCGAUUCCGAGUUGGCAGGUCACAAGAAAGGGUUUAAGAAGAUCUUUAUAGUUUUGCCAAUCCUUAGCUUUGUUGUUUUGUGUGUUUGUUCAUGUUUUGGUUGGAAAUGGAUUGCUAAACGCAGAGGCAAUGGAGAAGCCACUGAAUAUGACAAUGCUACUCAAGAUGCAACGAGUCGGGAUAAUCUUGAAGACAUACCGUUGUUUAAAUAUGAGGAACUGGCGAAUGCGACCAAUGAGUUCUCUGAAGCUAACAAGCUAGGGAAGGGUGGUUUCGGUCCUGUCUACAAGGGAGUUUUGGCUAGUGGGAGAGAAAUUGCAGUGAAGAGGCUUUCAACUGCAUCAGGACAAGGGUUGCAAGAAUUUAUGAAUGAAGUGAAACUCAUUUCGAAACUCCAACACAGGAAUCUUGUUAGAUUACUUGGCUGCUGUGCAGAGGAUAGAGAGAAGAUGUUGGUGUAUGAAUACAUGCCUAAUAAAAGCUUGGAUUUUUUCCUAUUUGAUCAAUCGCAAGAGGUCCUAGAUUGGAGAAAGCGUUUCAAUAUUAUUGAGGGUAUUUGUCGAGGCCUUCUCUAUCUCCACAGAGAUUCUAGAUUGAGGAUAAUCCAUCGAGACCUCAAGCCUAGCAACAUACUGUUGGAUAAUGAUUGGAACCCGAAGAUUUCAGACUUUGGCAUGGCCAGAAUAUACGAGGCCAAGCAAGAUCAUGUCAGCACAGUGAGAGUGGUAGGAACAUAUGGAUAUAUGCCUCCUGAGUAUGCAAUGAAAGGAAGAUUUUCAGAAAAAUCAGACACGUUUAGCUUCGGAGUUUUGAUGCUGGAGAUUGCCACUGGGAGAAGGAACACAAGCUUCUAUCCUCAGGAAGGCUCUUUGAACCUUCUCGGACAUAUUUGGACAGCAUGGAAAAAAGACAUUGUCACGCCUUUGAUAGAUCCAAGAAUAUCGAGUUCAAGUUACCAGACAGAGGUGAUGCGGUGCAUACAUAUCGGACUAUUGUGUGUUCAAGAACUUCCUGAAGACAGGCCAUUUAUUUCGGCUGUACUGUCAAUGCUAAGAAGUGAAAUCAUAGAGCUUCCUAAACCAAAACAGUCGGCGUUUUCUUACAAGUCGAGCCGCACGGAUACAGCAGGUGUAGUGAUCAAAGAUCCACAAACCAUCACAUCCCAAAAACAGAUAUAUAAAUUAGGAUUCUUCACACCUCCAAACACAACCAACCGCUACUUAGGCAUCUUCUUCUCCUUCUCCCAAGAAACCGUGAUUUGGGUCGCCAACAGAGACACACCCCUCACUGAUUCUUCCGGCUCCGUUACUCUGUCCCGCGACGGCAAUCUUGUCGUCUUGGAUGGGACUACUAAUCAAACCGUCUGGUCCACCAAUCUCACCACUAGAUCUUCUGUCAUUAAUCCAGUCGUCCAAAUCUUGGACACUGGCAAUCUCGUCUUGCGGGAAGAUGCCACGGGAGACGUGUUAUGGGAGUCGUUCUCAGAGCCUACCGAUGUGAUUGUGCCAGGCAUGACGCUGAGCCAGAAUGUGAAGACAGGGAAGAUGGUGGCGCUGUCGGCGUGGAAAAACACCUCUGAUCCCGAGCUAGGAAGUUUCACCGCUGGCCUUGAAGCACAGAGCAUCCCACAGCUUGCCACGUGGAACAAGGGGAGUCUGCACUGGAGGAGCGGGCCGUGGAACGGCCUCAUCUUUCUCGGGAUAAAGGAGAUGUUCUAGUC